CUUUUUCGAGGAACACGCACUGGCUCCCUCCACUUCCCAACCAAACCACCACCACCACGACGGAGGAAGAGGAACCAUCUGGUUCCUUCCUUCCUGCAAAAGUUGUCGUCAGACCACACCACCGCCACAAGCAUUUUCUUCUCCGUCGCCUUUCCUUUCUCUAAUCAAAAUUUCGUGGCCAUUUCGUGUCUACUUGCUCCUCCUCUUCUCCCUCCCCACGACAGCGAGUGAGACGGGAGCGGCGGCAGGGAUUCGGGCAGCAUAUUCCCAAUUUCCCGCAGCGAGAAGAGAAGAGAAGAGAAGCGAGAGGGGGCGAAUUUCGCUGCAGAAAUCUCGCCUUCUUUUUUCUUUCUUGGGAACCCCAAGUACAAGCCACCAGGUGGCCGGCGCAGGCGUUCUUCCCCUCCACCGAGUUGGUUGAUCUGGGCACAGUUCUGAUUUUUUUGACCGGUGCUAAAGUGCCCUCUGUGACUGCUCUGAGCAGGAAUACAAGAUAUCACUGAGCUGGGAGCAAUACUUUUGUUGUAAGAAAGGUUCCAGAAGCAGCCCUCUGGCUGUCUAAUUGUAUCCCUCGAAAUGGAGAGGGUUAGGACUAUUCUGACUCACAGAUACCCAUACCCGCAUGAGCACUCAAGACAUUUCAUGAUUGCUGUAAUUGCUGGCUGGCUUUUCCUCAUUUCAUCGGAUAACUUGCAAAACCUUAUAAUGAAAUUGGACAAGAAUUUUAAAUGGUGGUCCAUGUAUGCUUGUUUGAUUGGUUUCUUCUAUUUCUUUUCAUCACCAUUUAUUAGGAAGACUAUCAAGCCGAACUAUUCAAACUUUAGUCGUUGGUAUAUUGCUUGGAUAUUCUUGGCAGCAUUAUACCAUCUCCCCAGUUUUCAGUCAAUGGGGUUGGAUUUGAGGAUGAACCUUUCCCUCUUCCUCACAAUUUAUAUUUCCUCUCUAAUUUUCUUGAUCGUCUUCCAUGUCAUAUUUCUUGGACUCUGGUAUUUGGGGCUUGUUUCUCGCAUGGCAGAGAAAAAGCCGGAGAUGCUUACUAUAAUCCAAAAUUGUGCAGUUAUAAGUAUAGCGUGCUGUGUAUUUUACAGCCACUGUGGUAACAGGACUGUUUCAAGAGAUAAAUCUACUGAUCGUAGAACUGCUAGCUGGGUUGCAUUUUCACUCUGGAGAAAGCAAAAUGAUGACAACACACUGAUUUCAAAGCUUUUGCGUAUGCAUAAGUUCAAAGACCAGAUCUGCUCGUCCUGGUUUGCUCCAGUUGGCUCUGCUAGUGAUUACCCACUUCUUUCAAAAUGGGCCAUCUAUGGAGAAUUAGCCUCCAAUGGAUCCGAACACUCCAACAUCAUUUCACCUGUCUACUCCCUGUGGGCUACAUUCAUUGGUCUUUACAUGGCCAAUUAUGUUGUGGAGCGGUCGACUGGAUGGGCUCUAACUCAUCCUUUAACAAUUUCGGAGUAUGAGAGACUGAAGAGACUGUUGAAACCGGAGUUUGAGGACAUGGUUCCUUGGUACUCUGGGACCUCAACUGAUUUAUUUAAAACUGUUUUCGACCUCAUGGUAUCAGUGACACUCUUUGUUGGUCGAUUUGACAUGCGUAUGAUGCAGGCUGCUAUGAACAAAACUCCAGAUGAAUCUAAGAGCAGCGACCUUUUAUACGAUCAUCUUGAUGGAAAAGACGAACUUUGGUUUGACUUCAUUGCAGAUACUGGCGAUGGUGGCAACUCUACAUAUGCUAUAGCACGUUUACUUGCUCAACCUUCUUUAGUCAUUAAAUCUGAUGAUUCCAGGCUUACAUUCCCCCGAGGAGAACUACUACUUAUUGGUGGAGACCUUGCGUAUCCAAAUCCGUCCUCGUUUUCCUAUGAGCGGCGUUUUUUCUCUCCAUUUGAGGAUGCUCUCAAGCCUCCUGCUUGGUAUAAGCCUGAACAUAUAGCAUUAGAGAAACCUGAACUUCCCCUUGGAGUUUCUGAGCUCAGGAAGUAUCGCGGACCACAGUGUUUUUUGAUUCCUGGGAACCAUGAUUGGUUUGAUGGACUGCACACAUUCAUGAGGUAUAUCUGUCAUAAAAGCUGGCUUGGUGGGUGGUUUCUACCUCAGAAGAGGAGUUAUUUUGCAUUAAAGCUUCCAAAUGGAUGGUGGGUUUUUGGCCUUGAUCAAGCUCUUCAUGGUGACAUUGAUGUGUACCAGUUCAAGUUUUUUGCAGAGUUGUGUCGAGAGAAGGUUGGCGAAAGUGAUUCUGUAAUUGUUAUAACUCAUGAGCCAAAUUGGCUUCUCGACUGGUACUGGGGUGAUAAAACUGGAAAAAAUGUAACAUAUUUAAUAUGCGAGUACCUGAAGGGAAGAUGCAAACUGCGGAUGGCUGGCGACCUGCACCAUUAUAUGCGCCAUUCUUGCGUCGAGUCCAAAGAACCAGUACAUGUACACCACUUGCUUGUAAAUGGCUGUGGUGGAGCGUUUUUGCAUCCAACACAUGUCUUUGAAAACUUCAAGGAAUGCUAUGGGAACAAGUAUGAAACAAAGGCUACAUAUCCUUCUUAUGAUGACUCUAGCAAGAUUGCACUUGGUAAUAUUUUGAAAUUCCGAAGAAAAAAUUGGCAAUUUGAUGUCAUUGGUGGUUUCGUGUACUUCGUAUUGGUUUUCUCAAUGUUUCCACAGUGUGACUCGUUUCGUAUCUUACAUGAAGACUCCUGGGGUGACCGUGUGAGUAGUUUCUUCAUUGCAAUGUGGAAUGCUGUUUUUGAGAUUCUUGAGCGGUCUUAUGUAUCCCUAGCCGGUGUUGUUACUCUGUUGAUGGUAUCAUUUUUCUUUGUACCCACAAAACUAUCACGUAGAAGACGUGCUUUGCUUGGGUUUCUUCAUGCUUCUGCUCAUAUAACUUCGGCGGUCCUACUGAUGCUGCUUAUGGAACUGGGUAUUGAGAUAUGCAUCCGCAACCAUCUAUUAGCAACAUCAGGCUACCAUACCCUCUAUGAAUGGUACCGCAAGGCGGAAAGUGAACAUUUUCCUGAUCCCACGGGCCUUCGCGCUCGUCUGGAACAGUGGACUUUUGGGCUUUAUCCUGCGUGUAUUAAGUACCUUAUGUCUGCGUUUGACAUCCCAGAGGUCAUGGCAGUAACUAGAAACACAAUCUGCAGAAAAGGAAUAGAGUCCCUUCCUCGUGGAGGUGCCAUCAUCUACUAUGUCUCCGUGUUCUUGUACUUCUGGGUCUUGUCGACCCCAGUUGUGUCAAUGGUAUUUGGGAGCUACUUAUACAUAUGCAUAAACUGGUUCCAUAUUCAUUUCGACGAGGCCUUUUCCUCCCUGCGCAUAGCAAACUAUAAGGCGUUCACGCGGUUCCACAUCAAGAAAAAUGGAGACCUUGAGGUCUUCACCCUGGCUGUGGACAAGGUGCCGAAGGACUGGAUGCUGGAUCCAGACUGGGAUAUGGAGACCACGGAUCCAUUACAGAUGAGCCACAGCAGGAGGUUCCCGAGCAAAUGGCGAGCCGCCUCCGGGUGGUCGGAUCCCACCAGUGUGGUGCGGGUUGUCGACCAGUUUGUCAUCCCACGGACACCUACAGAUCCUUUCAUCGCAGAUUUUGAUACGUGAUGAACCUGUAGCUGUAGGCCAUGCUGUUGUAAACUUGUAAUGUACAGUGUAGUUUUUACCCUGUCCCAUCUCCUUGGGAAGGCUGUACAGUAACAUGAGAUAUCUUACUUCACACGACAUGGAACAAGAGGAGAAAUGGAAAAUCAGCACAACGGUGGAUGCUGUAGAUCUGUUCUGAAAUGAGACAUUGAUGAUUUUCUAGCUUGGUU